AUGGCGCCUUGCUUCUGCUCCUUGAAUCCGUUGCCAUCUUCUUCAACAUCCAUUUCCCAAUUCAUAUCAGAUCAACCUUACCUUUCCAUUUUAGAAACAAAAUGUUCUACCAUUAAAGAUCUUCAAAUCAUACAUGCCCAAAUCAUCAAGACAGGCUUAAUCAAAGACACCAUUGCCGCCUCUCGCCUGCUGUCGUUUGCAGCCACCUCACCUGCUGCGGAUAUCAGCUAUGCUUUCAAGCUCUUCAAUCAAACUCAGAACCCUAAUCUUUUCACUUGGAAUACAAUCAUCAGAGGUUUCUCCAGGAGCUCAAACCCACGCAUGGCGAUAUCUUUGUUUAUUGAUAUGUUGAUUCAUUCAUCUGUAGACCCAGAAAGACUCACGUACCCAUCAGUCUUCAAGGCUUAUGCAGAACUUGGUCUGGCAGGAAAUGGAGCUCAACUUCAUGGUAGAAUUUUGAAAUUAGGGUUACAAUUUGAUGUUUAUAUACGUAACACCAUCAUACACAUGUACGCCAAUUGUGGGUAUUUUGGUGAAGCAAUUCAACUCUUUGGAGAUGGUGAGGAUAUGGACGUUGUUGCUUGGAAUACAAUGAUUUUGUCUCUUGCAAAAUUUGGGAACAUAGACAAUGCACGUGAUCUGUUCGAUGAAAUGCCUCACAGAAACUCUGUUUCUUGGAAUAACAUGAUAAGUGGGUAUGUAAGAACAGGGAAGUGGGUUGAAGCAUUGGAUCUUUUUAGAAUCAUGCAAACAGAGAAGAUGAAACCAAGUGAGUUCAUCUUGGUGAGUUUAUUAAAUGCUUCAGCAAACUUAGGAGCAUUGAAUCAAGGUGAGUGGAUUCAUGAUUACAUAAUAAAGAACAAAGUGGAACUUAAUGUAAUCAUGAUUACUUCACUAAUAAACAUGUAUUGCAAAUGUGGGAGCAUUGAAAGAGCAUAUCAAGUCUUUGAAUCCUCCCCUAUAAAGGGAUUAUCAUCUUGGAACUCAAUGAUCAUGGGUCUUGCAAUCCAUGGCCAUGGGAAUGAAGCAAUCAAGUUAUUCUCAAAGCUCGAAUCAUCUAUCUUUAACCCUGAUUCUGUAACUUUCAUUGGUGUUCUAAUGGCAUGUAGUCAUUCAAGAUUGGUUGAAAAAGCUAAAUUUUAUUUCACUUUAAUGAAAGAAAGAUAUAAAAUCGAGCCAUCGAUUAAGCACUAUGGUUGCAUGAUAGAUGUGUUAGGAAGAUCAGGGCUACUUGAAGAGGCUAAAAUUGUCAUUUUAAGUAUGCCCAUGAAACCAGAUGGUGUUAUAUGGGGGUCUCUUUUGUCAUCUUGUAGGAUUCAUGGAGAUGUGAAAAUGGGGGAGUGGGCUUCAAGGAAUUUAGUUGAUUUAGGUGAAGGAGAGAGUUGUGGGCAUGUGCUUUUGUCGAAUGUUUAUGCAAGUGGGGGUGAGUUUGAAAUGGCGAUAAGAGAAAGGAUGUUGAUGAAAGAAAAAGAGAUAGAAAAGAUUCCUGGGUGUAGCCUAAUUGAAGUGAAUGGGGAAGUUCAUGAAUUUGUUUCUAGUGGAAGGUUGCAUCCUAAAUUCAAAGAAAUCCAUAAUUUGUUAAAAAACUUGACAUUGAUGUUACAUGAUGUUAAAUUUUUUUAA